ACAAACACACACACACACACACACACACACACACACACACACUCUCUCUCUCUCUCUCUCUCUCUCUCUCUCUCUUCAUGUCCUCCCUCAUGUAUUUUUCAUGCUGUUAAAUCCUCCCCGGUCGGACCCGUGCAGCUCCGGGCUUCAUGGACUCAAACUCUCCGCUGUGAGCUCCUCUCUGCCGGGCUGCAGCGGCUCGAAGCACCGCGGAACUUUUUCAGUAUUUUUCUGUGUCUCCGUUUUGUCCCCUCAAAACCCGCGUCAUGUCUUUUGGCACCAGCAACAAAACGGGCUUUUCCGUGCGGGACAUCCUGGAUCUCCCGAACCCCGCAGGGAGAUGCGGCGCCGGCUCCGGCACCGAGGAGACGGAGGAGGACGACACCGAGGAGGCCUCCGCGGAGGUCUCAGGCUCUGAAAACGCGCCGCCCGUGUUCGGAUUUAACGGAGGAAGCUACGGCAGGUGGAGCCGCGGAUCCGGUAACCUGCACUUCUCAUUACACAGUCUUACCUUAAACUCCCGUCCGGAGCCCAAAUCUCCGGAGCUCUCCACGGAUGAGUCCCCGGACGCUGCUGGGGCCGCCGCGCAGGAGACGCGCGGCAGGAAGCGACGCGUCCUCUUCUCCAAAGCGCAGACCUUCGAGCUGGAGCGUCGCUUCCGGCAGCAGCGUUACCUGUCCGCCCCGGAGAGGGAGCACCUGGCCGGGCUUAUCCGUCUCACCCCGAACCAGGUGAAGAUCUGGUUCCAGAACCACCGGUACAAGAUGAAGCGGGCCCGCGUGGAGCACAGCCUGGAGGCGCUGCAGCUGCUGCCGGCCCGCCGCGUCGCCAUCCCGGUGCUGAUGCGGGACGGGAAGCCCUGCGACCGGAUCACGGCGCAGGACCUGGAGGUGACGCUGAGGUCCGGGCUCAGCCUGCCUCUGUGCGCCUACUCCCCGCUGCUGCACCCCGCAUACGGCCCGGAGCAUCCCGGCCUGCCGCAGCAGCACCCAGGGGUGCAGCAGCUGGCGCACAUGUACCACUGGAGCUGGUGAAAUCCGGGACUUAAACUCCUAAUGAACUCCACUGCUGAAAAAUCUGACGUUUUAACCUCGUGUGUUCUGUUUUCUUCUUCUAAGAAUUUGUUUUAAUGCAGUUUGGUUUGAUUUUCAAAGUAAAAGCACGUUUUUAAAAUUAAGACUCACUUCCAGCUGAGUUAGGAUUUACAUUUACAGCUUGUCUUAAAAAAAAGUUAAAAAAAAAAACAAAACAAAAAAGUUAAUUUUUGGCGUUGAAACAACCCACCCAUCCUCCCCAGCUCGGAUAAAUGUUUAUUUUUGUGUUUAACCUCAACACAAACAACAAAAGAGGUUUUUUUUACUUUCACGCUCAGACGCGCAAAUCGUCCAAAACUAAACUUCUUGUUGUGACUAUGUGGAUGAAAAAGACUGAAAAGGCAGCACAAAGAACCAAACGUUCACUUCUUUUCUUUUUUUUUUUUUGGGGGGGGGGGGGGGGGGGGGGGACUUAAUGACUUUUGUUGUUAUUGUUGUUGUUUUCGUUGUGUUUUCUGCAGAAGUGUCACUUUUAUCGCGAGAUUACGAUUUUCUGCGUGUUUUCUAUAAAUCUAUUUAUAACUAAUGUUGACGGUGAGUUUGUUUUGUAAUGAGCUGAGUAUUUAUGAUGGUGAAUAAAAAGCUGGAG